ACAAAAUGGCGGCCUACACUGUCUUACAAGAUGCACUGAAAAUUAGCCGCCAAUUUCGUUUACUAUCUACAGCUAAAAUUGUUUCUUUUGCACGACAGAUAAGCAGGAAAGAAGUUGCUGUGMAAGUGGAAGUUGGAGGAAGGCCACUUAAGAUCUCUUCUGGAAAGCUUGCUUUUCUCGCAGAUGGAGCAACGGUCGUAGAG